AUGCUCUCUCUCAUCCUCUUGGGGGUAGCAGCCCUCACCUACCUGUUCAGACGAUGCAUCCUCGCGCUCAUUACACCUGGCGGUAUCCCCGGUCUACCCUCUUACCCCGAUCCCAUCCCCAUCUUCGGCGACCUCCCACGAGUCGUCAAGUCUGUUAAGGCCAAUCACAGCUUCCGGAUCUUCUUUGACGGGGUCGGCAAAGACCUAGGACCCAUCGCUCAAGUCAAGUUGGGGCCCGGAACGACCUUUGUGAUUUUAUCAGACUAUCAAGAGAUCGAAUCCGUCUUUGCCCGUCAUGCGGACUUUGACCGUGCGGCACAGACGACAGAGAUCUUCGAUCUCUUGAUACCUACCGCGCAGAUCUCGCAACGGACCAACACGAUGUGGAAGCAUCAUCGCCGGCUGAUCGGGUCUGCGAUGAGCACCAAGUAUCUGGGGAUGACGGUCCCGAGGGCGAAUGAGGCGGUGGAUGAGCUGGUGGAUCUCUUUGAGGCGAAGAUCGACAAGUCGGAGGGCAAGCCAUGGCAGGUCGAAGGGGAUAUGAUUGCGGCCACCAUGGAUGUGAUUUGCGGGAUGGCAUUUGGAGAUUCGUGGGGGAUCGUACGGGACUUUGCGAGGGAGGUGAGGUCAAGCACACCAAAGAACGGAACGCUGGAUGAGGCGAUCUUUGCGACCGAGAUGCCGCCGCUCGCAGUCAGUACGAUCGCGCUUCUCGAUUCUGUACCCGUUCAAGCCACCUUCCCGCGCCUGACCAAGCUCCAAACCCGUCUCUCGCCCACCUACAACCGCCACCGCCGCCUUGUAUUCGGGUACAUCGAUACCAAGCUUGCGGAAGCCCGAAAUCGGGCUGCUUCUCUGGGCGAGGCAGCAGUGGAGUUGGCAGACAAUACGCUGGAUAUGAUGGUCGCGAGGGAGAUGAGGGGGGACACGAUGACUGAUGCGGAGCUCAAGGAUGAGAUCUUCCUGUAUCUGGUAGCUGGGACGGAAACUUCCGCUGUCACAAUGUCAUGGUGGUUCAAAUUCAUGACAAAUCAUCCCGAUGUGCAGCACAAGCUUCGCCACCAUCUUCAAGAAAGGCUUCCUCAGCCCGUCACAGCUGAGAGCCUCUCUCCCCUCAAUGCCCCAUACCUCGAAGCGGUCGUCCAGGAGACUUUGCGCUUGUCUCGUACCGCGGGCGGUACCACACGGCAAGCCAAAAGGGAUACGGUCGUUCUAGGCCAUGUACUUCCCAAGGGAACGACUGUCGUCAUCCCAUCAGCGUUCCAGACAGAGGAAGAAGGCAAGCCAGCCUGGUCCGGUCCACCCGACCAAACUACGAAUCUUGACGGCCUGCGUUCAGGCGAGGCGCGCAAAGUCGGGUAUUGGGCAAAAGGGACAGGCUUGAAGUUUGACCCGGAUAGAUGGAUGAGGGACGGGCAGUUCGACGCGAAUGCUGGUCCCUCAGCUCCGUUUGGUCUGGGUCAGCGCGGUUGCUUUGGCAAGAAUCUGGCUUUGCUGGAGUUAAGACUAUUGAUAGCCCGCUUGACAUUAGCGUUCUACUUUGCUCCGGUGGAGGAUCGGCACAACUCGAUGGAGAUCUGGGAGACGAUCACGGGCCAUCCGCGUCAGAGCUUUAUUCGGCCAGAGCGGUGGCCAUCAGCCGAGUCGACUGUUUAG